AUGGGUAUCAGUACCGAUGCUGAAGAUGGAGUUCGGCGGACUGGAUCCGUGUCGCACAUUGGGAAUAAACACAAAAGGCAAGACAUGUACCAAAAAUACCGCAAGGAGAAAGCGAAGCGGAAACUGCAACGACGCCUGAAGCUGGCGAAAGACGAACGGUCUUCCAAGGAAGGGAAGAUGCGUCGGAAGGAGCGACUAGCUACGAGCAAGCCACGCACGAUUGAAAACACGCGAGACUUUAAUCCGACGGUGCUGAACGUCCCUAACACGCACGAGGUGCCGGCUUGGAUGGAGGCACAGCAACGACCGGAACCUGCAGAUAGGCAUAACGACGACGAAGAAGAAGAAGAAGACGGCGACGACGACAAUGACGAGGAAGAUGUGGACGAUGACAUUGACGAGGAAGAGGGUGAAGAAGGUGAAGGACCUGAAGAAAAGAGCAAUGAUACCGAGCCUGUCGUGCAAGUGGAAGACGAGCAAGAAGAAGUUCAGGAUCCUCAACUUGCCAAGUACGAAGUCGACAAUGAUCCUACGGCGCCGCCUGCUAUUCUUAUCACCACAUCACUUCCAUCGAAUGCGACGUCACCGCAUCUUUUAUCAGCGAACGCACGAAGUCACCCAGCUGAAGCUGUGCGCGAAUUCGUCAAAGAGCUGUUGAAUGUGUUUCCCGGUGCUGAGUAUCGACCGCGUGCCAAGGCACAAGGUGCAGGCCUCGGAAAGAUUUGCCGCUGGGCGCGUGCACGUCGGUAUGAUGCGGUGCUUGUCAUUGGCGAGUCGAACAAAAAGCCAUGUUCUCUUACGCUUGUUGCCUUGCCCCUCGGACCAACGGCGCUUUUCCGCCUUACGUCAGUGUCGCUGGGAAAAGACAUCUUCGGACAUGCACGCCCAACACCGCAUACACCUGAGCUCGUUCUGAACAACUUCACCACAGCUCUUGGCCACCGUGUCGGUCGGCUCUUGCAGCACCUAUUCCCAUUAGUGCCACAACUAGAGGGUCGUCAGGUCGUGACCGCGCACAAUCAGCGCGAUUUUAUCUUCUUCCGUCGGCACAGAUACGAGUUCCGGUCACCAGAGAAGGCGGCCCUGCAAGAAAUUGGCCCGCGUUUUACAUUGAAACUGCAUUCCCUUACAUCGGGCCUGCCGAAAGGCGCUGGUGCUUGGGAUGGCCGAUUUGUUGACGAGCUGGAAGAAUCACCAGCCGCCGCACAGAGAGCCAGCGCCGAGGACGUUGAUGCUGCAGAGUAUUCGACAAAUGACGGAGUGGAGUUCAAGUGGAAGCCGAAAAUGAGUGUGUCUCGACGCAACUUUUACCUGUAA